AUGAAAAAAUUACUUUUAAUCGCAACUUCUAUCGCUAUCUUAACAGGAUUGGCAGUUUACACCUAUUCCAUUACCAAGAGCGAAUCAGGAGCUAAAAACUUGUAAGUGUAAGAUUACUGCAACAACUACAAUGGAGAAAAUGGUUGCAAGAGCGGAACAUAAACUGACAAUCCUCCUGAUUGGGAAAACAGACGUUGGUAAACUCCCCCAAGAGGCAAUCCUAUGUGGAAAGAAUCUUAUUAAGAUAUGAAUGUUCUCGUUGGACACUCUUAGGUUAUUUAUGAUAAGAGUCUUACCUCAGCCACAGUUAAUUUCAACACUAUAACUAAAGAUCCUAAUGCUUAAGUAUAAUACACUUUUGGUAAUAACGCUCCUUAAAAGUCUAAUUCUUUCAAAGUCGAUACAUCAAUUACAGAGUUAACUUUGAAAGCUGAAAUUGUUGACUCUAAUGGAAAGGUAACUGCUACCUUAGUUAUUGAUCCUUAACAAUUUGUCUGGAGUCAUCCUGCUGUCAACCAACCCUCCAAUUAUAAGAAUGGUCAAAAAGGAGCCAUUGUUGAAAUGUUUGGAUGGCCCUACAAAGAUGUUGAGUAAGAAUGUGAGUCUUUGGGCAAGAUGGGAUGGAUGGGAGUUAAGGUUUUCCCUUCUCAAGAAGCUAUCUUCCGUUUUGAUGGUUGCGAAAAUGGUGAACUUAAUCCCUGGUACUUUGUUUACUAGCCUGUAAGCUACAGAUAGCACGCUCGUAUGGGAACAAGAGACGAAUUAAUCUCUAUGAUAAAUACUUGCAGAAAGUACAAUGUCAGAGUCUACGCUGAUGCAGUUGUUAACCACAUGACAGGUAAUGGUAAUGAUGCCUUCCCAGAUCAUUGUUCAGGUUCAAACUAUUGGGGUGGUAAAAAUACCACAGCUGGAUCUCCUUUCUACACAUAAGGUUAUGCUUAUUAACCCUGGAAUAUUACUGGAUAAAGACCCGGUAACGAAAAUCCUGCUGUCCCUUAUGGUCCUUUAGACUUCCACUGUGAGAGAUCUCUUAACUCAUGGUCUGAUGGUUUUAUAUUAAACUAUGGUUGGUUAUCUGGGUUGUGUGAUUUAAACACUGAACAAGAUAAUGUCAGAUAAAGAAUUGCUGAUUAUUUCACUGAUUUAAUGUCUUUAGGUUUCUCUGGUAUCAGAAUUGAUGCUGCCAAGCACAUUUCUCCUGAAAAUUUGGCAGCUAUUUUUGCUAAAUUUAAGGCUAAUAUGGGUGGAUAAUUCCCUGUAGACUUUAUUGCUUACUUGGAAGUUAUUAUUGGUGGUGAAAAGGAUCUAUUAGAAUGCCAAAACAAUUAUUAUGAUUACGCUGUCAACUUCAAUAAUUUGAUGAAACAAUAAGGUUUGACUGAUAGUGAAAUCUAUUCCAUUAAAAUAUGGAGUAGUGAUUAUCCUAAAGAAUUCCCUAUUUGUGGAUAUUGGGUUAUUCCUUCUGAAAGAUUCGCUGUUGAAAACGAUUGCCAUGAUGAUUAAUUCCCUGGUUCAUCAUCUAGAGAUAUGGGUGACAAAGGUUCUGUUUUGGUUAAGGAAAGAAACGAAGAUCUCCAUAGACACUUUGAAGUUGAAUUAUUUACUAGAACUGAUGGAAACUGGUAGAUUAAACUUGUCUUAUCUUCAUACUCAUUCAUCAACGAUGGUUUUGGUUUCCCUGAUGGUUACAGUGAUUGCGCUCUUUGUUCCACUGAUGCUUGCAAAUAAUAAUGUACUCACUCUGUUCCUAAGCAAACUGCUUAUAAUCCUAAUAGUUGUGGAUAUGAUUGCUUUGAAAAUGGUGCCUGGGCUCCUAAUAGAUAUACCAGGGUACAUAGAGAUUUAUCUAUUGUUAAGGCUAUGAGAUAAUGGAUGGGAUUAAAUGCUAAUGUCCCCAAUAGUGAUUUAGGUUUACCUUAAAAUUGUCAAGCUAAGUGA